CACUAAACAGCCACAAUGAAUCACAGCAAAGUUGAAUUUGAGCCUUUUGAAUAUUCCUAUUAUGACUAUUCAGACUGGUACUCUGAGAACGCAGAACCAACCAAACCACCCAAAGAAGUUAUUUUACCAUGUGACCCAACAGCAGAUGACAAGCUCUUCCACAUAUGCAUGCUGUCAAUAUCUCUGGUGAUCAUGUUAAUCCUUGCAGUUCUCACCAGGAAAAACAAAUUCUGCCAAGGAUUUACAAGAGGAUCCUCCAGUAUCUUCAGUCCAACCAACUUCCUGGACCAGACUCAGAAAAAAGGCCUGGUCAUGGCUGUUUUUGGACUGGUGUUCAGUAAACUGGCUAUGCUGGUGAUCGCCCCGGACCCGCUGCCUUUCUCCAAAGAUACUCCAGCAGAAAUUAAAGAGUACAUGAAGAUAAUCGCCAUCUUCUACUAUCCAGUCCUGUACUAUCCUCUGUUGGUCUGUGGCACUCUGCAGCGCAAAGCAGGUUAUGCGUUUGGGGCGCUCCUCUCCUUCAGUCACUUCGGGGUCCUGGUGUGGCAGAAGUUUGACUGCCCAAAGACUCCAGAGAUCUAUAAGUACUAUGCUCUGCUUGCAAGUCUGCCUCAGCUGGCCUGCCUUGCGUAUCUCUGUGUCCAGUUUCCUUUGCUGUUUAUCAAAGGACCAAAUACUGAUGAGGACCUAGACAGCAGCUACUACACCGACUACGUGAAGUCACUUCUCAAGAAAAGGCUCUCAACUGUCAGCUCUUCAACUACAGACAAACCAACACUGGCAAAGAGAAUUCUGGAGGUGGUUAAGAGUUAUUUUUAUUUACCUGAAAAAGUAUUUCGUUUUCCACUACAGCUGGCUGUGUCAGCAUUUGUUGCCUUUGUGGCAAUAUAUCAUACGGCAUUGUUGUUAGUUGUCCUGGUCGUCCCCACUCUCCACAUUGUUCGUGCUGGUAUUGAUGAAAACAUCGCUUUCUUGUUACUGGGGUUUGGGAUCAUCCUAUCAGAUGACAGGAUGGAGGUUGUCAAGAUUGUGACUUUCUACACUUGGUUGCUGGAAGUAUGCUACCUCUGUGCGAUGACCCUGUCCUGUUUGGUCAGUCUUGUUAUGCUCAUGAGGUCCAUGGUUCUCCACAGGUCAAACUUGAGAGGGCUGUACAAAGGAGACAUUUACAACAUUUAUAACAGCCAGAAGACCAUCUGUCCAUCCAAACCUGGAGUUGUCUGUUGGAUGGGUUUGACAGGAUACCAGGCUGCAAUCGUCUGCUUCGGAAUGGCCAUUCAGACUAUUGUGUUUUUCAUCUGCUUUUUGUUCUUGGUGUUUUUGAUCAUUAUCCCUAUUUUUUAUGGCCGUAACAUCAUUGUCUUUGAAAUCGCAGGAAAGGCUUGGCCAGCCUGGGUCACACUGAUACUGGCGACAGUGCUUCAACAUGUGAUUGCUAAGUUUGCUUUUAUCAAAAAGGAAGCUGGAACAAGAGACCUAAAGAACAGAGAGAGUCUGUUCCUCCUGACGUACCUGCUCUUCCUCAUCAACACCGUGGUGGGACUGGUAGUUGCAAUAUGGAGAAUGGUGAUAACAGCUUUGUACAACAUCAUCCAUCUUGGUCGUAUUGACAUCAGUCUGCUGCACCGCACUUCAGAGUCCUAUGACCCAGCCUACCGAUACUAUACCCACUUCUUGAAGGUGGAGGUCAGCCAGUCACACCCAGUGAUGAAAGCUUUCUGUGGGCUGCUGCUGGACAUGAUGGUUGAGUGCGGCAGAGCUGGGCAGAAAAUACAAGACGCAGAGGAAGGGAUUCAGGAGAACAGACCAAACAAGGCGACCAGCAGGCGGAUGAUUCGUGCUCGCUGGCAGUUGCUGUACACGCUGGUCAACAACCCAUCCCUGCUGGGCUCCAGGAAGCACUUCCAGACACUGCACACCUCAGAGAGUGUUCUGAACGGCACCCCCAACCGCAGCUCCAAGAAGGGCAGCAAGAAAGAGGCUGCCAAGCCAGCGGCCGAGCCUGACCAGUCCACUGAGACCCCAACAAAUCAAGAUAAAACUGACUGAGAUUCCUAGGGUUGGUAGUUUACUCCAAACAAUGCAUUUGAUGUAGCUUCAGAUCCGCAGAAACAUGUUGGGGUCAGUUCAGGGCAAGAAAUAAAUCUAGUUACACUUGUAUUAAAAACAUGGUCUGCAACCAAUCACAUUUGUGUUGCACAGUUGCAGGUGACACUGUAUUUUGGAUGUUAUUUUUCAUUAUUUUUAUUUUCAAGUUUGACUAACCCACCUACACACACUGACAAGAAGUUCAGUAUUGAAUGAAUCUGCAUUUCUUUAUAAAGUUAAAGUUUUUUCAAUGAUUGUUUUGCGAAUGGCAGCUGUGGUGUGGUUAAGGUUAGGGAACGAUUGUGGCUAACAACUGAGAUAUGGUUAUAGUUAGGCAACUAAAACAUCUGGUUACUGUUAAAGCAAGACUGUGAUUGUGACACUGGGCUCAGUCUGCCAAAUGCAGAGCUGUUUCUUGGUUGCAAACCUGCCAUUUUGUUUUUGUGUGUGAACUCAUCCAGUGUAAUCUUGUUUGGAGUAUACUGUCACUCUGUCACACUGACACAAUGUUUUGUUUUUACAUGGCCCAGCUGGUGGAGCUAGAAUAAACUAAAUCGUCAGUCA